UCACUGUCAAAACAAAUAGUAAAUCGUUUUCGAACGGUUUGAACGGAACAGCAGAACAAUUUUGUUUAUAUUUUUGAAUUUCGAAUUAUUAUACCAAAUAUUACGUACGAUGUGAAACAGUUAAUUAAUUUGAGUAAAUAACUUUGUUGACCGCAAAGUAAAUGUAAAGUGUUGUUCAUUAUUUAUUGUGUUCACUGAAAAAACGUCUCCAUAAUGGAGGAAGACGAACCUAAACCAAAAUGUAAAGAUGACAAAAAUAAACUCCUUCGAUGCAUAGAAUGGCUUGAAAAACAGAAUGACGAGGAUACAGAAAAGUUAUCAUUGGAGAAAAAGAAUGAUAUUCAGUUUAUUAUACAAAAUCAUGCAGCUAGGAAGAACUUUUUACUUACAGUGGCUGAAGACGAUGCGACGGUCCCAAAUGGCGUUACUGAAUCUACCAUGGAACCACUUCCCGUGUCUCGAUAUAGGUUGCGUGUCCUCAACCUUAAUAUGGAAUGUGAAUGGCAGGCCUGUAGAACUAUCAUGAUAGAUUAUGACCAGUUCCAAAAACAUGUACGAGGCCAUACAUCUGAAAUGCAUGUUAUAGACAAGGAGCCCUCAGCUGAAUACGUAUGCCUUUGGGACGUUUGUGGGCACAAAUCAACUGACUUCAAAGAAAUGGUCCGCCAUAUGAACUAUCACGCUUACCACAGCAAGUUACUUGCUAUCGGUUUCAACGGUCGAGCUACACUGAACUUGGCUCGGUGCAAGAAAGACUCCAGUAAAAGAAAUGUGUUACCGGUGCAGCCUACUGAUUAUGCUUGUAUGUGGUUUGAUUCGGACGCCAAAUGUGACCUAACAUUUGACUCUUACCCGUUAUUCCUAGACCAUGUUAAAGUCCACACAAACUACUCAGAUACCUUCCUCUGUUCAUGGGCUGGCUGUGGAGCCAGAUUUACCAAUAAGAACAAGUUGGAGGUCCACGUGAGAUCUCAUACGGGAGAAAGACUGAUUGCUUGCUAUCAUUGUGGACAGCACUUCGCUCUAAAUAGGAAAUUGAGUGAUCAUUUACGGAGACAGAACGUAAGCCCCAACUCGCCGUACAUCUGCGAGCUGUGCGGCGUGCGCUGCGCCACAGAGUACCUGCUGGCGGAGCACACGCGGCAGCACGUGUCGUCGUACGCGUGCAGUCUGUGCGACAUGUCCGUCGUGUCGCCCGCCGCGCUCGCCAACCACGUGCGCUACCGACACCUCGCGGGGAACGAUACCAGGCUGCAUGAGUGUCCGCAUUGUGAUUACAAAGCAAUAACAAAAUGGGACGUCCGCAUGCACAUACUUACACACAAACCUAAAAAUAAGAGGAAGAGAAAGAGAAAAAAUGUCAAAAAAGAACUUGAAGAUUUUUCUGAUGAAGAGAAUUCCGAUGAAUCUAGUGCUGAAAAAAAGAGUAAACCUGAGAAAACGGACAGAGAAUAUGUUUGUCAUAUGUGUACGGAUACAGUUAAGAUAUUUUCUAGAGGGUCUCGUCUGACCACUCAUUUGGUUAAAGAGCAUGGGGCUCAGUGGUCUAUCGGCCAUAGUAGGUUCAGGUACCAAAUAUGCGCAGACGGCAAAUACAGAUUGACAACUACCCGCUACGAAUCUUUGGAAGUGUCAGAAAAAAUCAUGGACGGCUACAGCAGUCCUAAACUUCCUUUAACUAACUUAAAUUUUAAAGUGAAACAAGUUGCCGAAGCCACGGCUUGUACUCCUAGAAGUUAUGAAAUCACCUUAAAAGGUGAUGAAAAUGCCGAUGAUGAUGAAAAUGUAAAAGAGGAAGUUGAUAAAAAACCGGUGAUCAACCAAAAUGGAGUCGAAAUUCUAAUGUGUGAUGUCGAUGAAGAAGGCAAUAUUAUUAGUACUGAACUUAUUAAUUCUAAUGUUAUACCUAAGAUUGAACGGUAAAUUGUUAAAGCUGA